UCAACGCGUCAGCGCCGCUGAGCGAUUUCACUAUCGCUACAUACGAUAUAUUAUUUUGUUUUAUUGAAGUAGAAAAAGUGAUUUUCUCAAUUGUUCUGAGUGUUUUCGUUCAUAACGAAACGUAGAUUGACUGAAACACUGCCGAUAGAUAUAUCGAGGGAAUCAAAAUGGGUGUUCCAGCAUUUUUUCGUUGGUUAUCGCGGAAAUAUCCAUCCGUAAUCGUCGAAUGUGUUGAGCAGAAGGGCGAAGAUGGCGAGGGUAAUGUUUUCUACGACGACAUGACUAAACCAAACCCUAACAAGGUAGAAUUCGAUAACCUUUACCUCGAUAUGAACGGCAUUAUUCAUCCGUGCACACAUCCAGAGGAUAAACCAGCUCCAAAGAACGAGGAUGAGAUGAUGGUAGCUAUUUUCGAGUGCAUUGACCGUCUGAUGAACAUAGUCCGUCCGCGAAAGCUCUUGUAUAUGGCAAUUGACGGUGUAGCACCCAGGGCCAAAAUGAAUCAACAACGAUCACGACGAUUCCGAGCGUCUAAAGAAGCGGCAGAAAAAGCAGCAGAAAUCAUAAAAAUUCGAGAGGAAUUAGCCGCCAGAGGUUGUAUACUUCCUCCAGAGAAGGAGAAAGGAGCACAUUUCGAUUCGAAUUGCAUUACUCCGGGAACGCCGUUUAUGGAUCGUCUGAGCAAGUGCUUGCAGUAUUUCGUUCACGAUCGUAUGAAUAACAAUCCGGGAUGGAAAGGAUUAAAGGUUAUUCUAUCAGACGCAAACGUACCAGGAGAGGGAGAGCACAAAAUUAUGGACUAUAUAAGAAAACAAAGAGCUCAACCAGAUCACGAUCCCAACACGCACCAUGUUCUUUGCGGGGCUGACGCCGAUUUGAUUAUGUUGGGCCUAGCUACGCACGAAACACAUUUCACCAUCAUCCGAGAGGAGUUCUUGCCCAACAAAGAACGUCCCUGCGAUAUUUGUCAGCAAAUGGGACACGAGAUGAAGGAUUGUAUUGGUUUGCAAUCGGAACGAGAUAUUGAUAGAACCCCACCUCCUCCUGGUAAAGAAACCCAGUUUAUUUUCGUGAGGUUGAACGUGUUGAAGGAAUACCUGCAGAAGGAACUUGAUAUGCCGAAUCUUCCAUUUACGUAUGAUUUCGAACGUGUGAUUGACGAUUGGGUGUUUAUGUGUUUUUUUGUUGGAAACGAUUUCCUUCCUCACCUGCCAAGCUUAGAGAUUCGUGAAAAUGCUAUCGAUCGCCUAGUUACUCUAUAUAAAAAGUGUGUGUACAAAACCAAUGGCUACCUUACAGAUUCAGGUAGUGUUACAUUGGAUCGAGUUGAAUUGAUAAUGACUGAUCUAGGCUAUGCGGAAGAUGAAAUUUUCCGUAACAGAAAGGUGACCGAAGAUCGUUUUAAGGAACGCAAUAAACGCAUGAAAAUGCAGAAAGAGCGCGAACAGAGACCUCGCUUUGACCAGAUGAACAAUUCGCAGUUUGCCCCGACACCACUUGGGAGAGGUAUCACACCACAGGCAAUAGUGAACCCACGCCAAGAAGCGGCUAACUUUCGAAUGCAAGGAAACUGGCAGCAACAGCAGCGGAAUGAUGUCAAUUCUGAUCAAAAUCGUCGUGGUCAAAAACGCAAAGCUGAAGAGCCAAUCAGCCAUUCGAAUGCAGAAGAAGAAGAGGAAACCCCGGACGAAGUUCGAUUAUGGGAAGAUGGUUUCAAAGAUCGAUAUUACGAAUCAAAAUUUGAUGUAAUGCCGAAUAAUGUGAAGUUCCGGGAAACCGUUGCUUGGGAAUACGUACGUGGAUUAUGCUGGGUACUUAAAUAUUACUAUCAAGGUUGCGCUAGCUGGGAAUGGUACUUUCCUUACCAUUACGCUCCAUUCGCGUCAGAUUUCAAGGUAUUAACGAAAGUUAAUACUCACUUCGAUUUGGGUACUCCAUUCAAGCCACUGCAGCAGUUGAUGGGUGUAUUUCCAGCUGCAAGUCGAAGCCACGUUCCGGCUCCGUUCGCCGAGCUGAUGGUUGACCCAAAGUCACCGAUCAUUGACUUCUAUCCGAUCGAUUUCCACAUCGAUUUGAACGGUAAAAAGUUCGCCUGGCAGGGAGUCGCCCUAUUGCCGUUUGUGGACGAAAAGCGAUUGUUUAAAGCCACCGAUCCAAGAGUGCCGUUGUUGACGCAAGAUGAACGGAUGCGAAACGAAAACGGACUUGCUCGACUGUAUUUGUCGCCUGGACCAGAAUCGUAUCGAAUGAUUAAGAAUUUGUAUGAUGGCAAUGUUGACUUUGAGCGUGAGGUCCCCAUCCUGGUAGAUUGUAUGCAAUGCAACAUUAUUCCUACGAAGGAGAACGUACCACAGGAUGGUGUGAUGCCUUCACCUAUUCCUGACCUCGAACCGGUGUGCGAGAACAAGGUAGUGACGGUCAAGUUUCUAGAUCCGAAAUACGCUGAUGGUUUUGUAUUUCCAUCUCGAAAAUUGAAAGGUGCUCGUGACCAGCCAAAAGUGCUGGGAGCGAAUGAAGGCCCUGUCGUAGGGUUCGGCCCACGGACAAACCGAGGUGGAUUGGGAAGUGCUGGUCACCGGAUGAUGAACCACUACACCGGAGCGGGUGGUGGAAGAGGUGGAAACAACAAUUUCUCCAGGGGUGGGAAUUCCUACAACAACAACACUAGCAACCGUAAUUUUGGUGGCUCAAAUUCGUCCGCUGGAAGCAACAGUCAUAACAGCAAUUCUGCGAACGCUUCCAGCUCGAACAGUCGCGAUGGAAUGAGCGUGUUCGAACAGCUAAGUAGUCGUAUCAACCAAUAUCAGCAAGAGGUCAUGAGUGAGAUCUCGCGAAAUGCUAACAGCUCGGGAGUGUUGCUGCCUAAUCCGUUCGCAAAUCAAAUUCCCUACAACUAUAAUUCAAGGCAAAACAGCGGCGGGUUUCAGAAUCGUGGUGGAUUUCAUCAAAACCAGCAUCGCGGAAGGAAUACUUAUAACAAUAAUAAUCAGUAUCAACACAGAAAUCAUCAGGGAGGUGUAGGCGGAGGAGCUGGGGGACAAAGAUUCAAUAACUUUAACAAUGGAAAUGGUAAUAGUAACCGUUUCGGGUCGAAUAAUCCUACUGCAAACAGAUUCAAUAACAAUAGGAGAAAUUACUAACAAUAAUUGAUUAUCGCAAGGUAAGUUUAAUGUUUAGCACCCAUGUUGCUAUGUGUUACAAAGACAUUUUGUUCACAUCUCCUUAACAUAAACUCUGCUCACCUGUUACCGAUUGUAACAAUUGGAUAUUUCAAGGUUCAUUUGUAGGGAAAAUAUGAGGUUAUAAUUUCAAAAAGUGAAAUUACAACCACUAUAUUGUGGUUAACAAAUAAAAUUCCUGAAUGAGAUGUUUAAUGAAGUAAGUUUUAGCUAACCGAAACUGGUAGAUAAAUAUCUAACUUACUUAUUUUAAAAAUUUAUUGGCAAUUCAUCCAUCAAGUGAGAAGAGUGUACU